UGUCAAACACGUCCGCAUCAUCUACUCGUCAUGUGUUUUCCUCAUGACUCGUGAGUUAUCAACCCCCACCUCAUCGUAAUCUCAUCAAGGGCGAUACGUUCAAAUUCCAAAGUCUUUAAAAUCGGUCCAAAAUAUAUUUCCUUACUUCUAUUGCACAACACCGUCAAACAUCCUUUCUCCGUUUCCUCGACUCGAAUCGACUUUCCCUAAAAUCUCAGUUUUCAGUUACGAAUUCAAUUCUUUUCAGUUUCUUCCGUUUCUCUCUCUCACACACAAACACAAAGGAAGACACACACUAAACAAGAUCAGAGAUGAUGUCAAUUGAAAGGAUUUGCUCGCAUGAAAUUCUGUGUGGAGUUCAAGAAGAAGUUCUCACAACGAUGGAUCAAAUAGCUCGAAGGUUUCCGAAAAAUUCUAUACAGAGUACGCCCUGAUGUUGUAAAUUUAGUGUAGUUUUCUUCUAAGUACAAUACAAUCAGAUAAUCAUCAGGAGUGACUUCUGGAAUUUUUCGUCAAUUUUAUGUUUUAAAUUUGGAAGAUCGUAUAUCCGAAUCGGUUUUUAUCACUUUAUAUUGCUAAAGACUCUUCGUUUUCUUAGUUUAAGUAAUUGUUAGAAGUUUCGGUGUUUGUUUGUCUGAUAAACGAAGUACCGUAAUUGAAAUCUGGUGUUGAUGGUGGAAUUAUAGAAUCCUAGGGUUUCAUAUGUGCUCUUUCCUUUCUAAGAUUUGAUAGUUCUGGUUGGCGUUGCUGUUUAAGCUUUUAGAUAAGUAAAUUGAAUGGCGGGAAGUAGUAGUGCGUUAGGGUUCCCGAAGAGUCAAUGCUGUAGCAGUUUAAGAGAACAGUUGGCGAGAACUACAUUACGAAAUGUGAGAUUAAAGGGUCACUCGUAUGUGGAGCUUAGGGAAGAUAACAAGAAGCCUAUAUUCUUCUGCGUUUUGUGUCUGUCUCCAUGCCAUAACGAUUCAGUUCUGCAUGAUCAUCUUCGCGGGCAUCUCCAUAAGAAGAACUAUGAAGCUGCUAAGUCUACCUUGCUGAAAGAGAAUCCUUGGCCCUUUAACGAUGGGAUGCUUUUCUUUCAUACUCCAUGUAAUGAAAAGAGUCCCUUGCUAACUUCAAACCCUAACUUAGGAAGUAAUUUGCUGUUGAGUGAAAGUAAUGAGAACAACAGUCUUGCCAUUGUUGCUUCUAAUGGAAGCCCAAGUUCACUUGGAGAUGAAGACAAUAUGGAUGUUGAUGAAAAUGGGUAUCAUUUGAUUGUACCACAAGUUCUGCAUAAAGAUAUAGUUACUGAUCUAGAAGUUAGAUCAAUUGGUCUUGGGAAAAUUGGUGUUAGGUACUAUCAGAAAGAUGGAGUUAGAAAGGGUAUCAGUAGAAUCUGGUGUGAAUGGAUUGGGAAUUGUCAUCCUAAUCAAGAUGAUACAACCCCACAUCAUGACUUUGCCAUUCUGUCAUUUUCAUUUAACUAUGACAUGGGCAGAAAGAAUGUGCUAGAUGAAAUGUUGUUUUUGCCUUCCUCAGAAGUAAACAAAGAGAAUAGAGGAAAGAAGAGGAAGUCAUUCUCUGAUCCAGAAGAUGUGAGUGAAUCUUUGAGCAAUCAGUGUGAAUCUUCAGGUGAAGAAUACUUGGCUUCUGGUGACUCUAGUUCAAGAAAACUUGUAAAAUACGAUGAUAACUCACUGAAAUUGGGAAUUAUACCUAGCCGAAGUGUGAGGAAAGAGUUGAGGGUGCAUCGACGUGUAGCUUCAGAAAGAGUGUGUGAUAUCUGUCAACAUAAGAUUCUUCUUGGUAAGGAUGUGGCUACACUUCUCAACAUGAAUACUGGUAGACUUGUUUGCAGCAGUAGAAACUUGAAUGGGGCGUUUCAUGUAUUUCACAUUUCGUGCCUCAUUCACUGGGUACUUUUCUGUGAUUAUGAAGUUUAUACAAAACAACUAGUUGCUCCUAAAGUAAAGAAGCGAGGUAGAAGGAAGAAAGGUGUCAAUAUUACUGAAGCUGAAAAGGAGGAAAGAAAGCAAAUUUAUUGUGCAUUUUGUCCAGAAUGCCAGGGGACUGGUAUAGACAUUGAUGGAGAUGAGUUAGAGAAACCAACAGUCUCCUUAUCUGAGAUGUUCAGGUAUAAAAUGAAAGCAAGUGAUGGACACAGAGAAUAUAGAAAAUGUCCUGAAAUGUUGCAAAAUUGCUCAACAGGGUUUCAUUUUCCUACCCAGUCUGAAGAAACAAUGCAGGAAAACGUGUCACCAUUGAAGAUGCUUCGAUUCUAUCGUGCUGUUUGAAUAAUGAGUAAUGUAAACCUUAUGUAUGUAGUUGUACAUUGGAAAAACAUCUGAAGUAGGUCCUUGUAAUUUGUAAAUGUACAUGUAUAUCAUCUCAAGUAUAUGGUUCUUUGUUUGGGCUGUGGUUAA